ACAAUUUUCAAUAAAACUUCAUAGGUACAGAAUCUAUAAAAUAACAAUCUGCUCCAACUAUACCUAAUUGAAUCAGGCAUUGAUCUGGAGUAAUUGGAUUACUUGUGGAAGCCACAUUUAAUGUGUUUAGUGUGCCGAUACAAUGGUUGACGCAGGUGGUGUGGCCAAGAACGGUGCUUACAAAUAUGAUGAUGGUACAAGGUACGUUGGUGAUUGGAAUGGCAGGGGUUUGAAGCAUGGAGCUGGAUCAUUGGCAUUGGUUGAUGGAACUCGCUAUGACGGUGCCUUUCAAAAUGGCUUGUGUUCUGGGCUCGGUGUUAUUGUAUUUCCAGAUGGAGCAAAGUAUGAAGGAGAAUUCAUGCAGGGCUGGUUUCAUGGACACGGAGUAUUCUGGCGCGCUGAUGGUAUGAAGUUUGAGGGAGAGUUUCGAGGUGGCAGAGUAUGGGGACUAGGUCUGGUAACUUAUGCCGAUGGUUCACACGGCUUUCCAAGAAACGAAGGCUUUUUUCAAGAUUGCAAAUUAGUGCGUCGUAGACGAUGUCCAGAAAUUAUUCAAAAAGCUCAAAAAAUCUCUAUGAUGGCUAGAGCACAGUGUAAUGCUGCAUAAAAUCUUGUCAUAAGAAUAUGACUAGUUUGAAAAUUUCCGGGCGUAUGCAGUUCGAAUGAGGACACUAUAUCGUCCCAUCAUAGAAUCAAAUUUACUCCUCAUGAAUUCAAAUAAAUACUUGUACUGAUCGUAACUUGUGUUUCAUGGGUACUUGUAAGGAUAUGUGUACAUAUAGGUAUACUAAUUGAAUAGUCAAAUAUUUUCCAGUUACGUACAAGUCAAUUUGUACGGUCAUUAGAUGGCAUUCAAACAUGUUAUGAAAAGAUAUCAAAAUAACCUUUCGAGCUAAUAAAUUGUGAAGCAGGCUUAAACUAAAAAGUGAACAAAAAAAUUCAAAUCGUCAGUAUUGCUGUCUUGGAUUACAAUUCAUCUAAUCUUACACGUGGUCUAAUGAUCUUUGCACGUCCAAGUUCAUGGAUAAGAGUGCUUCUUAAUUUCUCAACUUGUACACUGCUUAUUGAACUAUUGACAUCGAUGUCUACAUUGACAUUCGGAAAGAUCACUCGUGGAUUAUGUGUCUUACACAAUCUUAUAUUUUUUUUCAUUUCCAUGUCACCCAAUUAUAACCGAUAUUUUGACAUUUGUAUACUUAUAUAUACUCUCAAGGCAUGAACGCUUUGUCGUGCAUACAUAUCUGUAAUAAAGUAUAGCUUACCUAUCAUAAA